UACCUGUAAGUCCCUCCUUGUCAAAGUCAAUCUCCCACUUCAACCCUUUCUCUGCGAAAAGGCAAAAUUCUAGUAAAUCCACCUCCCCCGUUUUUUAAUCUGGAAAAUGGACGUCGAAGAGAAACUGGAUGACGAUUUCCUCUUUUACACGAACUUUACGAAUACUUUUUUAAAAAGAAUUUCGGACCACGACGUUUUCCGUAUGUGUCGCAACUGGAUCCUGAAAUUGUGCACCGAGCCCUGCGAGGGAGUCGAGAGGAAACGAUGCAGAAAUAUGUACCUGGCCAACUUGUUAAUUUGUAUGCAAAGCGGUAAGCUAGAGGAGCCCUUCUUGCAGCCGCCAUUUUACGUGGACAUUUCUGACGCCUUUGAGGUAUUUGGGAAUAUUCCGGAGACCGUUGAGCCUCCCGAAUGGCUGAAUGACACUGACUUCGUCCUGGAACAUCGUCCUACCGCACAGGAUAAAUCUGGACGCACGUAUUUUGCUACCAGGACUUUGCCGAACGGACAAGGAGCUUUUGCUUAUGUAGGAAUUAGUCUAACAGGUGAUGAUUGGAUGGGCGCAUCGGGCGCAGCAGGCGAUACCUCCGCCCAACGGUUCGGCGCCAUCGAGCACCAAAUGAGUCAACGGUACCGCGAGGAGGUGCCGCAGUACGAAAUGGAAAAAAUUCUAGCCAAGAGGAAGGACCCGAAGGAACGCGAGAGAGUUUUAGCGUUUUACGAUGCCCUAUUACAAGUGGUGAGUGACGAACUGAAUGGUCACGCACCAGAGUUCAACGAAACAGUUGAGGGACUCCUGGAGCAGCUGAUGGAGGACUUAAAGGAUAAAGGACAGUGGGGCUGCUGCUACGAAAACAUGGAUGACUACGGUAAGAGAAUGGAGCUACUGAUGACUCUUUACGACAGGAUCAAGGUGAGGAGAGAUAAGGUGGCCAAAAGGGAAGAGAUUCUUGAUGAUAUCCAGAAUAAGGUUAUGCCACAUCUGUUUGAUGUAAGCACCUUGCAGCCAGAGGAUGAGUAUCAGUUGCCAGCAGCUAUGUGGCAACAGGCUAUCGAAAAAAUGCCUGGUAAAAAGAAUAUGGAGGCUCUGAAACAAAACUAUCCAAUACCUGUGGUGGAGAAGUUUGUGGUCUAUUUAGCAGAAUUCAAGGAAGAGAUUGCUGAAAGGAUGCAUAGGAGACAUGAGAGAAUUGCCUCACAAAUGAAAAAGGAACUUAGAAAAGAAAGUACCAAAAAGAAACAUGAAGCAGAGAGGAUGGAACAGAUGUGCAAAGAUACUGAGGAGGUAUACAGGGCAGUAACGGAUCAUUACAAGAAGAAAGUGGCAAUUGAGGAGCAAAAUAUGAACGCGUUUAAGAUUCCUGUUAACGAACAUACAAAAUUGUAUGAGGAUUUGAGGGAGGCGGCUCUGGAUGCGCAGAAAUUAGUGGAAGAAGAGGCGGCACGUGGCAAGUUCUUGGCUCAGCAGAUCAACAUUGUGGCGGAACAAAGCGAUACUAUCAAGGAGAUUCAUGAUGAUUCGAUUAGGAAGAGCGAGCAGGUCAAUACAAGGAUUUUGAGGAAUAUUAAGAGGCUGAAUAGGGCGAUUAAGGCAUAUGAGACCAGGAUAACUGAGAUUAAGAAUAUUGGGGACAAUACCAGGACUACUGUGGAAGGUAUUGUGUCUGGAAGAGAAGAUUAGUGGAUUAUUAUUUAUCGUUUGUUAAUAAAUUAUUAUUUAAAAAAAUAUAA